AGUUCCCGCUUGACGAGAGUGACUAGAAUAAAGAUGACUCAAGUCUUGAACCUAGUUCAAGGAACUCUGUCCAUUAACAAUCCGAGUUUAUAUAGUUUCCCUUCUGGUUCAGUUAAGUGGCUUCAAUGCAAACCCUUUUUGUAUGGUGAAAAAUGUGGGUCAUUUCAGAACUGCCAACGGAAUCAUUUUUCAUUUCAAGGAGGUAGUUUGGAGGAGCUAGAUCAUGUAGAGAGAUUUUCAAGCCCAUACAAGGUAAAAGGUUGUAAUGGAGCAGAACUGGAUUCCUUGCCACAUGUACAAACUCUUAGAGAAUUUCCCAAGAAGGAGCUUCUUGGAAAAGUCGUCUUGGUCAGAUUUGAUUCUACCAUAAUACUUUGCCAAGAGCUGGGCCAGCAGUCUUCACAUGUCUACAGUGCAAUUUCCACCAUUCAAUACUUAUACAAUGCUCGGGCUAAAAUAAUUCUACUCAGUAAUUGGAGUAUGAAAAAUAAUUCAGAGCUCCUUACAGCAGAAUCUGUUGCAGAGCUUCUGUCAGCAGUUCUUCAACUCAAAGUUGCAGCAGCAAAACAUGUCUCCGGUAUCAUGCAGUCCAAAUUGGAGGACAAAGGGAAAUAUGAUGUUCUUCUUCUUGAGAAUCUCUCUCAGUUCAAAGAGGAACUUGCCAAUUGCUCAAAGUUUGCUGAACAAUUAUCGUUAGGGAUUGAUAUAUUUGUUAAUGAUGCAUUUUCUCAAUCUCAUAAAGUUCUUGCAUCAACUGUUGGUAUUACUCGCUUCUGCUAUGCUUGUAUGGCCGGUUUUCAUUUUGAGGAGGCUCUGCAUCAACUAAAGAAGGCCAUUGAAACGAACAAAAGACCACAUAUAGCCAUUAUUGGAGGGGGUAAACUCUUAGAAAAAGCAGCUGCAUUACAUUUUCUAGCUUCGCGAUGUGAUGGUUUAGUUUUUGUUGGAAUGAUGGCAUUCCAAAUAAUGCAUGCCCAAGGAUUGCCUGUUUCUAUGAAGUUGGUAGAACAUGGAGUAUUGGAAGAAGCCUUGAAGAUUAUCCAGUUUGCCAAGCUCAGAAGAAUUCCAAUUUUAUGUCCGAAAGAUUUUUGGUGCUUGAAUAGUCAUAUCCCCAACCGAUUGGAAUUAUUUCCUGCUCAUAGUAUAUUGGAGGGGUGGCUACCUAUUGAUAUUGGGCCAAAGUCUUUGGAGGAAAUUUCUUCCUUGCUUUCAAAGUCUGAGAAAAUUUUGUGGAUUGGCCCAAUGAAAUUCAGCUCAUCUGGUCAGGACAUCGAUGGAGCAUCUAAAUUGGCAAUAAUGCUUGAUAAUCUCAAUAGAAGAAAUUGUGAGAUAACUUUUGUUGGGAAUAUGGCCUGCAAAGUGUUUACGAGGGUGUCAAGUUCUGCCUCUAUUCAAAAUGUGGUUGACAACGCUUCAGUUCUCUGGGAAAUUCUUAAAGGAAGAAAGCUUCCAGGGCUCAUGGCCUUAGAUAGAGCAUACCCGUUUGAGAUUGAUUGGAAUGCUAUUUAUACUGAUCCAACUCAAUUCUUGGUAGUUGACAUUGGAAGUGGGAAUGGGUUGUUUCUAUUCAGAAUGGCUAGGAGAAGGAAGGAUCUGAAUUUUCUUGGGCUAGAGAUAAAUGAAAAGCUUGUAAGUCGUUGUCUAGCCUCUGUUCAUCGAUCUGGCAUGAAGAAUGGGUACUUUAUCCCAACAAAUGCAACCUCUACUUUUCGAUCCAUAGUAUCCAGUUACCCAGGGAACCUGUUGCUUGUGUCAAUACAGUGUCCAAAUCCUGAUUUCAGCAAACCAGUGCAUAGGUGGAGCAUGCUGCAAAGAGUUCUAGUUGAAGCCAUAGCAGAUCUUCUUACACCUGAUGGGAAGGUCUUUCUCCAGUCCGACAUAGAAGCUGUAGCAGUGAGAAUGAAAGAACAAUUUUUGCAAUAUGGAAAGGGGAAGCUCGCCCUUGUGGAGGAACACAGUGAUGUCGAUAUCAGCCAAGGAGGGUGGUUGAAAGAGAACCCCUUUGGAGUGCGAUCAGACUGGGAACAGCAUGUUAUAGAUCGAGGGGAUCCAAUGUUCAGAAUAAUGCUUUGCAAGUCAACCAGAAGUGAAUGAAGUUAACUGGAGUGCUCGUGGUUUUCCUCAUGGUUCUCAGAGAAUUAUCUUACGAGCUCUUCAUUCCAUAGGGGCAGAGUUCCUUUACUCUCUUGAGAUAUACUUGAAAGAGGAUAUAUGUCACGGAAUGUUCUCACUUUCAGAAAUACCCUACUAAAGGUGAUGUUUUGAAUUUAACAGAAUGUUGUUAAUUAUUGUGGGAAAAAAAUUACACAGUUGUCUGCCGGAAAAUGAUUACCAGGAAUAUGAUAUAUCAGCUGCAUAAAGUGGAGAAGCUGAGAAGAGUGUAAGAGGGAGAAGAGAAAGGAA